GGUGACGUCAGAUCGGGAGAGACAGGAAGCGGGAUACCGACACCCAGAGCCCUCCUUCCUCAGAGUCCAGAGCGGAGCCGCGACCGGGAGCAGGAUGUGGAAAUCUGCAGCCGGACAUUCUCUUUCCAUUUCUGUGGAUGAUGGAGACGAUUGGGACACAGAUCCUGACUUUGUGAACGACCUCAGUGAGAAGGAACAGAGAUGGGGAGCAAAAACCGUCGAAGGAUCUGGGCACCAGGAGCACAUCAACAUCCAUACAUUGAGGGAAAAUGUCUCCCAAGAGCAUCACUCCCAGAGGCAACAAGAGCAGGACGAAGGCCCCAAAGCCUCUCACGGUUAUGGAGGAAAGUUUGGUGUGGAGCAGGACCGCAUGGACAAGUCUGCUGUGGGGCAUGAAUACCAGACAAAGUUGUCCAAGCACUGCUCCCAGUCGGAUUCGGUGAAGGGCUUUGGAGGGAAGUUUGGCGUUCAGACAGAUCGUGUGGAUAAGUCGGCCGUGAACUUUGAAUACCAAGGGAAGACUGAGAAACACGCGUCCCAGAAAGAUUACUCCAGUGGCUUCGGGGGCAAAUAUGGAGUUCAAGCGGACCGCGUGGACAAGAGCGCCCUCGGCUUUGACUACAAGGGCAAAACGGAGAAACAUGAAUCCCAGAAAGAUUAUUCCACUGGCUUUGGUGGGAAAUUCGGAGUCCAGGCAGACCGUGUGGAUAAGAGCGCUGUAGGAUUCGAUUACCAAGGAAAGACUGAGAAACACGAGUCCCAGAAAGAUUAUUCCAAAGGUUUCGGUGGUAAAUACGGCGUGGAUAAAGACAACGUAGACAAAAGCGCUGUGGGGUAUGAGUAUCAAAGCAAGACCGAAAAGCACGAAUCCCAGAAAGAUUAUUCCAAAGGUUUCGGUGGUAAAUACGGCGUGGAUAAAGACAACGUAGACAAAAGCGCUGUGGGGUAUGAGUAUCAAAGCAAGACCGAAAAGCACGAAUCCCAGAAAGACUAUGUGAAAGGGUUUGGAGGAAAGUUUGGUGUACAGACAGACAGACAAGACAAGUGUGCGCUUGGCUGGGAUCACCAAGAGAAACUACAGCUCCACGAAUCCCAAAAAGAUUAUUCCAAGGGAUUCGGUGGAAAGUAUGGAGUGCAGAAGGAUCGGAUGGACAAGGCUGCUGCUACCUUUGAGGACGUGGAGAAAGUGGCUCCAAGUUAUCAGAGGACACGGCCGGUGGAAGCCGAGGGUAACAAAGCCAGCAGCAUACGGGCAAACUUUGAAAACCUGGCCAAGGAUAAGGAACUGGAAGACCGGAAGAAGGCAGAGGCCGAGAGAGCACAGAGGAUGGAACGGGAGAAGCGGGAACAGGAUCAGGCGCGAAAACAGCUACAGGAGCAAGAACAGGCCAAACCUGCAUCUCCUCCUGCAUCCCCCAGACCCCGGCUAGUGUCUGAAGAAGCCCCGGCGAGCCCUGUGUAUGAGGAUGCAGCUUCAGCGUAUGAGAAGGAGCCAGCAAGAGCCGAGGCUGUACCAGAGAAUGUGUAUGAGGAGCAGGCGGAUUACCAGGAGGCAGUGAGCCUGAAGGCAGAAACUCCAGACACGGAGGCUGUAUACGAAUCUGCAGAUUACCAAGAUGUUGAGAACACCUACGCAGACUACGAGGGUGACCUGGGCAUCACGGCCAUUGCUUUGUAUGACUAUCAGGCCGCCGGCGAUGACGAGAUUUCCUUUGACCCCGAUGACCUCAUUACAAAUAUCGAGAUGAUUGAUGACGGCUGGUGGAGGGGGCUUUGUAAGGAACAUUAUGGGCUAUUCCCUGCUAAUUACGUGGAACUCCGGCAGUAGAACAAGCCGCCAGUCUUCCCUUUGAGAGGACCCUGCGCUCGGCAGCAGCGGUGGCGCUCCGUUUGGUUAACAGCAGUGGUGCGCUGUCCUGCAAGCUCCUCUCUCUCGAAUUUUGCCAUACGUACCUGAGCUGGAUUCUUACACUACAAAUCAUUGCAUCUCUUUUCUUCCAGUGUUCUGCCGGUGACUGAUUUCCUUUCUCUAUUGUAAUCCUAAGGCUUUUAAUGUGCAGUUAUCUGCUGCAGGCUGGCAAAAUGUAUCUUAAAGGCUGUUAACCCUUUUGCUGCCAGGUGUGCCUUCACUUCAUCGGAAGUUUGACCUAGGCUGAUUAUCGAGCGGUCUCCUAACCAACCCAUCAUAGACGAUGGUGGUUCUGUAUUAAGGGAAGCCAUCUUGAUUUUAAUUCUUGUGUUUUAACCUCCCUUCAUUGUAAGUCAGAACCCCAGGUCUUGUGUGCCAUACGUGUAUCUAGUCAUGGUCGCCGCUCACACCAUCAAGAAAAGUGAUACGGGGCUCCUUUUAAAGUGAAUGCGGAACUCUGCACCAAGAUAAUAUCCUUCAGCUUUCUUCGUCUCCCUUUUCCGGUGAAGUUCACUACACUGACGUUUUUUUUUUUUCUCCAAUAACGCCCGGUUCCUCCAGUAUUACCGUAACGGCAGACCGCAGAGUGACCUCCGGCAGAGGUGUAUUAAAACUGUGAGCCUAUUGCUUUAAGAAAACCUCCAAUAAGGGUCAGAUAUUGGUUUUAUUUGCUUUGAUUUCUUGCAAAGUGGUGCUUCACUUUU